UAUUCAAGAAUAUUUCAACUUCUAAGUUAUAUGUUGUAAAUUGAAAAUUAUAAUAUCCAUCAGAUCUAAAAUUUCAACCUAGCAGCCAAUCAUUACAAUACACAAGAGAAAACUAUCCUUCUUCAUUAAUAUAUGGAUUAGCACCUAGCAAUCGCCACUUUGAUUCCUUCAACCCCCUCUUCUUCUUCUUCUUCUUCUUCUUCUUCUCCUAUGAAUAUUAUUACAACUAUCGCGCAUUCGAACAGAUUCUUCCCUAUUCUUCAGAACAUAGCAUAAAAACAGAGCUUCUUCCCCGUGAUCUAGGGUUUUCCGUUCGUUGCUUCGUCGUUACAUUGACAACGGCAGGAAGCGCGAUGCCGGAUAUGGAAGGGGCGGUGUCAAUGAGUGACGUGGCGGCUUUUCAACCGGAGGCCCUCCAGCUCCCGGAGUUGUCACCAUUGGCCUUGAAGGCUAAUCCUUUCCUCGCCGAGCAACUCUUCUCCCAAUGGCUUUCCCUUCCUGAUACUUCUCGAUUGGUCAAAUCCUUACUUUCUGCGGCUAAGACUGGGGAGCCUUUGAAUGCGGUUGGCAAUUCAAGUAGCACCAAUGCUGGUUCUGGCAGCCCAAUACCGUCCAUGUUUCCUUCUGGCUGCACUCCCCCACUUUCGCCUCGUAGCAUCUCGGGCUCACCACGUACUGUGAAACAGAGAGCUGGUCCUUCCUCUUUAAGCUCUCCACUGAAAGUCAUCAGUGAGCCAGUGCGAGAAGUCAUCCCUCAGUUUUACUUUAAAAAUGGACGGCUGCCCCCAGAUGAGACGAGAGAGCGUUGCUUGUUUGAUGUUGAUCAACAUUUUUACGAUCACAUGGAUGGGUUGCAACAAAAUGAGUUUAAGACUGUUGCAAAGGAUAUCUGCAAGCUCCCGUCUUUUUUCUCAACCAUAUUGUUUAGAAGAAUUGAUGUCAAUAGUGUUGGUAUUAUCACAAGGGAUCAAUUUAUUGACUAUUGGGUUAAAGGAAACUUCUUGACGAUGGACUUAGCAACUCAAAUCUACACCAUUCUCAAGCAACCAGAUCGUGGAUACCUUACUCAGGAGGAUUUCAGACCUAUUUUACGAGAAAUUUUGGCUACUCAUCCGGGGUUGGAAUUUUUGCAGAGUACUCCAGAAUUUCAAGAGAGAUAUGCUGAAACGGUCAUAUACAGAAUAUUUCACUAUGUAAAUAGAUCAGGAACUGGUCGUCUCACCCUCAAGGAGCUGAAGCGUUCAAACUUGGUGGCUGCAAUGCAUCAAGUGGACGAGGAAGAAGAUAUUAACAAAGUUUUAAGGUACUUCUCUUAUGAGCACUUCUAUGUGAUAUACUGCAAAUUCUGGGAGCUCGACACAGAUCAUGAUUUCUUAAUUGACAAAGAGAACCUUAUUCGAUAUGGCAACCAUGCUCUUACAUACAGAAUUGUUGAUAGAGUAUUUUCUCAGGUCGCCCGGAAAUUUAGAAGCAAAGUUGAAGGCAAGAUGGGUUAUGAAGAUUUUGUCUACUUCAUACUCUCUGAGGAGGAUAAGUCUUCUGAACCUGGCAUCGAGUUCUGGUUUAAUUGCAUUGAUCUGGAUGGGAAUGGCGUCCUCACUUCCAACGAAAUGCAGUUCUUCUAUGAAGAACAAUUGCAUCGAAUGGAGUGCAUGGCACAAGAACCAGUCCCUUUUGAGGACAUAUUGUGCCAGAUUAUUGAUAUGAUUGGUCCAGAGACCGAGGGUCUUGUCACAUUGCGUGACAUGAAACGGACCAAACUUGCUGGGCACGUGUUCAACAUUCUUUUCAAUCUCAAUAAGUUCAUCGCCUUUGAAAGCCGGGACCCUUUCCUAAUUCGUCAGGAACGAGAGAAUCCGACAUUGACAGAGUGGGAUCGUUUUGCACAUAGAGAGUAUAUAAGGCUUUCAAUGGAAGACGAUGCAGAAGAUGUGUCAAAUGGAAGUGGAGAUGUGUGGGAUGAAUCACUUGAGGCUCCCUUCUGAACGCUCCCUGUAGCACUAACUACACAUUUAAGCCGUGGAUUGCUUUGCAUAAGUUGAACAAUGGUGGAAGAAGAUUUGGUACUGCCGUACUGCUCACAUAUUCCACAAUGCUCUUUGUUUAUUCUUUUCAUAUUUACUCACUCACUCUCUCUCUCUCUCUCUAUCUCGAUCUCGAUUUUCCCCUUAUUCUUAUUACAGCUGAAAUUACAAACAGAAGAAUAGGUAUCUUUUCUAUUUAUGUUCGGACGUUAAAAUAGUGUUAGCAAAACUUCAGAAUUCAGGAGUCAAAUAUUCUGAAUUUGUCAUUGAUCUUUAACUCUAGAUAUUCUUACAUGUUUACCUUUAGUUUGUCGUCUUCAAGAUUGUUGUAUUUUGGGUUAUCCUAUGUAUUAGAACUAGUAUUGUGACCGGCCCGUUGACUGGUUGGUGGCCUUUCGGUCGAUUCUAUAGAAAGUUGAUUUUCUUGGGUAAAUAUAAUUUAUUAG